UACUUCUACAGAUCCUCGUUCAAUUUCGACACGUGCCCACGGAUUUUUAAUUGCUGUUGUUGUUCUACGAUUUCUCCUGUUCGACUUAGAUAUAAUCUUAAGUUUUCCUCACUGAAAAUUGACUUCUAGAAUGCGUUGAUGGAAGAAUACCGCUAUUUUUGUGCGGUUUUUGUCUCAAUUUUUAACUGUGAAUCACGAGGUUAGUGGAUUACUGUAACCUGAUGCUGAGUAGGUACGCAUAGAAAGGAGAUUUUUUAAUGAGCUUAAGUUUCAAUAUCCGAAACUGUGAUUCUGAUAGAUGAAACAAUGAAUUUGGUAUUAGCACAUUUUGGCGAAAUUUAAGUCAGAAAUGGAGAGGAGAUUGAACUAAGGUGAUUGAAAUGCUACUUUGUCUGAUCAGUCAUUCUUCAGGAAAAUUGGAAGCAUUAGUAAUGCACGUUGGGUGGAAAACUUGCUUAAGUGCAGCUCAAUGUUAAUUUUUUUGGGGUUGAAUGUGGCAUAAUCUUGAGAAGAGUGAUUGUUGACAUGAGCAUUCGCUUAGGUAUGUUGAAGUUUGUCAAACUGCGUGCUGUGACUUUUGAGUAUGUUAUGAUUCUGAGAACUAUGCUGAUGCUCUUGGCAUGGCUGGCGAGAGAAGUAUGACCUACAAUUGAUUUUUCUCAUUGAAUUGUGUUGCAUUGUAAAGUCGGUUCAUGUGCUCAUACAAGAUGCUUGCAUAAGAGAAAAAUAUCUGAGCUAUGAUUUUUAGGAACAAGGAAAAAGCUGAUCCACAUAAAAAUGGAGUGAAUGAUAAGGAAACGUUACACCUUUAGAUUGUUGCUCGGGUCUUUUGAAGUAAGCCAUGAGUUGCAUACAGAUAACUGCCUGCCGUUUAAUCUGUUCACCUUCUGCAUCCCCAGUGCCAAGUUCUCAACUGAAUAAGGCAUUUACAACCCCCUCGAUUUACCUGAGAACAAAAGCAAAAAUUCCUAAGCUCCCCCUGAACCUGACCUCUGCCACAUCUCGAUAUCAGCGAGCUACAACUGUAUGUUUAUUUGGCGGCAAAGGGAAGCCAGAUAAUGGUAACGAGGGUUCUCCAUGGAAAGCUAUUGAGAAUGCCGUGGGCAAUUUGAAAAAGGAGCCGUCAGUUGAGGAGUUACUGAGGCAGCAGAUUCAGAAAAAUGAAUUCUAUGAUGAUGGAGGUAGCAGUGGUAAACCUCCUGGCGGGGGUGAUGGUGGUGGUGGUGGUGGUGGUUUUGGUGGUUUUGGCGAAGCUGAAGAUGGUGGACUUGCUGGAAUGUGGGAUGAGUUCAGCCAAGUGAUUCUGGCAACUAUGGGCUUCAUAUUUCUGUACAUUUACAUCAUUGAAGGGGAAGAGAUUACUGUACUGGCAAAAGACUUGCUCCGGUUUCUCUUCAAACGGCAAAUGAGUAUCCGUCUAAGGCGUCUAGUUGAAGAGUGGCAGGAUUUCUUCCAGAGCAUGAAAGACAAGCCAGCGUACGAUCCAUAUUGGCUGGAACGCGAAAUUCUAAGUACCACAACAUGGUACGACUGCCCUGCCAAGUAUGUGUACAUGGCCAAUACUCUCAUUCAACGUGAGUCGACAUCUGAGCAACGUGAGUCGCAGUUCGAUCAACUUGAACCAGCAUCUGAUCAACCUGAGUCGAAAUUUGAUGACUACGAAGACGAUGAUCAAUACUAGAUAUUUAUGUUUUUUCCAUAUGACUGGCUAGCUUCUCAACUGCCAUGCCUAGAUAUUUGUUCUUUUAUUCCUUUUUCAGACAUCUUAACUUGUAAUGGAUAAGAGAGAUAAGUUUGUGUGUGUGAACUAACUUAUACUACUAUCUUUCACUAUUAUGAUAGUAUAAAUUAAAAUUAUACUAUAA